AUGACGGAACAGAACAAGCUAACACGCUGCUUUGAUGAUAUACUCAGACUGUCAAGUGAGAUGCUCGUGCAACAGCAGCUAAAGACGAUACAGCUGGACACGGUUAACGGGUUCACGCAGGAUCACCAGAAGGUGCUCUCGGAGAAAAUCCACUCGUUCCAUGGGAUACUCGACGAAGUAGACGUUACGUUACUCAACGCUGUGAGGUUUGUGGAGAAAUUUGACGCCGUAUCCAAGGAGAAAGAGCUGGAAAGGGUGAAACAGAGGGAGCGGGAGGCGCAAAUCACCGCCGAAGAGGAGGCAAGGAAGAAGCGGGAAUUGAAGUUGGAACAGCAGCAACAACAACAACACCAGCUGGAACAGGAACAACAGGAGCUGGAAAGAAUGCGGAAGGAGGAACAAGAACGUUCGAACAAAAAGGACGAGAGUGCAGGGUUCACGCAGUCCAGUACAGACUUGGACCUCAUGGGAGAGUUGAAGAUGGACUUCGACAACUCGGACCCGACAAGUCUGCUGUCGACUUUUGGAGACGUUGGAGGACCCAUCGACCUCUCUGGACCCAGCAACACGGACAUGACGAGCACCCAGACAUCGGACAACUACAAACAGGAAAGCAAACGAGACGCGGACAACUCCAAAAACAACCCCUCCAAUAUCAGCGACAAUACGGCGGAUUUCUUACUGGAAACUAACCCAUCCGAGCUUAACAACAAGAACAACAACGAUAACACAAACUCAGAACUGCCGCAGAAUAAACAGCCCGCGGCGAGAGAGCCUCAGAAUACAAUGUUUAAUGACCUCGAUUCGAUGGACAUGUCUCUGUUUGCUGAGCUUGAUAACCCAAAGUUUGGGGCCAGCUCGUUGGAAACACCACCUAUGGGCAAUAACGCGAACAGCGGCGAGGCCAACGCUGAGUCGAGAAACUUGGGCAACAGUUUUGAGGGGAAUAAUAAUAACGAUACCAUCAACGACAGCAACACGAACAAUAUUAAUAAUACUAAUAACAAUAAUGACAAGAUGAAGGACAGUAACGGCGAUACUAAUGCAUUGGACCCUUCAUCAAUGGACCCUCUACAAGACAAUGGAGAUGACUACUUGACACUUAAUGACUUCAACGAUUUGAAUAUUGACUGGAACGCUAACCCUAACGAUACCACUGACAUAUUCAAUAUAUGA